ACGAUAAGCAAAAUAACCAAGCAAGAAGAAGCUAGCAGCUAGCUCUAGCCAAAUCAAGACACGUCGACAUGAAUCACGCCAAGGAGAAGGUGAAGGACGCCGCGAGCGCGGCCAAGGCCAAGGCCAAGAUCACGCAGGCCAAGGUGGCCGAGAAGACGGAGGCGGCCACGGCGAGGUCGCACGACGAGCGUGCGCUGGCGCACGAGCGGGGCAAGGCCAAGGUCGCCGCCGCCGAGGCCGAGCUGCACCAGGCCAAGGUCACCCACCGCGAGGAGGCCAUGGAGCACCGCCUCCACAAGCGCGCCGGCACCGGGCACAAGCACGGCGCUGGCCACUGAUGUGCAUGAAGGAGCCGGACGGCCGGCCGCCGGCUAGAAAGAUGUACCGUGCACGCAUAGUUCAUGCUAGCAAGCCGGCCUGUACUUGUUUCCAACUCUUUUUCCAUUAUUAUUUUACUCCCAGACCAAGUGUGUGUUCAUUGACGUCGGGCUUAAUUUGGAGAGGUGACAGCUGCCAGCCUGCCUGCCCCAGGUGCAUAUGUAUGUAUUUUGGCUUCUUGAAUAAUAAUUAGUAACGGAUUGACAUAA